AUGGAUACCAGUCCGACUCUCGAACAGCUCUGGGCUAUUUUGCACCCUGUUGCUCACGGACAGCUCUUUGAGUACAAACAGCUGUGGGAUGCUAUGCUUGGCCGCUGCGUUACACCAUGCCAGGUUUCCUGGCUUAAGGUCGGCACUGGUGAGCAUCUCAUGACAAAGACCUUCAAGAACGAGUUCAUGCUUGUCGCAACUUAUCUCCUCGAAGGCAGUCACCACUCCAGCGCUCAUGCUGGCCUGAUGAAAGACAUCUUUUUUGGCUGGUUGAAACGCGGAAUUCCUGACCUGUCUGCGCUCAGCGAGGCUGACAAGUACUUGACGUUCCUUCAGACUUACAUUCGCAUUGAAGCGGUCAAUACUCACAACAUCCAAGGGGUUGCAGAGGUCGCAAAGGCCCCAGGACUUCCCUUUGAUCAGCACGAUCGUGAGCUGUUCGCCCAUGAGGCUGGAACUUCCAAUCGGUACGGCUUCCAGAUGGUCCUUGAUGACGAGCUGACAUCUUCUAGCACUAAUGCCAACAUCACUAAGCCUUGGGCUGAUCCCAUCUCAGUCCCUGGUCCGGAGUACCUUGACAACAGUGGUCAAUUCUUCCCAGUCAAUAUCUCUGUCUGUCCAACCUUCUUCUUCGCUGGAUACCAGGAGAAAUGGAUCCGUAUGGCCAGAGCAUCCGCAGGUGUGCCUUACCUCAUGCACAUGCAUUGUCCGAAAACUGGUGCUCGUCUCAACACGCUCAAGUUCACUUCUGCUUUGGCUUUGAUGACGGCCUACCUUGAGUCUUUCUCUAAGCAUCCCGAUCUCUGGUGGUACUUUGACGAGUUCAUGCGUCACUAUCUGGACCUAGGCAAUGUCAAUCCCCAACCAACUCUGGACUACAUGAGAAACACUGUCUCGCCUAGCAAGCCCGUUGUGGUCGCUGUCCCGAUCUCUAAAUAG